AAAGCGCUCAGUCACUUCAGGCCGGUCAUAUUGGCUGCAACGGAUAGUGGUGUGUCCAAUCGCCCAACACAAACUCAAAAAUGGCUGACCUCAGUGCUCGAGACGUCGAGAAGGUGAAAUUCGCCUUCUCCAUCUACGACUUCGAAGGCAACGACACCAUGGAUGCCUUCUACAUGGGCGAGUGCCUUCGCGCCCUCAACCUCAACCCCACCCUGGCGGUGCUCGAGAAGGUUGGUAUCCUAGCUACAAGCACAUCCUCAUCUCCCUUGGUGAGUGUCCGCAGGAUGAUGUACGCCGAGCUCGAGCACAUCCUCAUCUCCCUUGGUGAGCGCCUGGAGAAGGAGGAACUUCUGCCCGUCCUGACCGAGUGCUGCCCUCCCGAGGACGACGAAGGCUUCAUCCCAUAUGAACCGUUCGUUAAGAAGAUUUGCGAAGGAGUCAAACCCUGAACAAUUAUUGAUCCUUUUGUCAAGAAAAUCACAACGAUGAAGUAAGGACAACAUCCCUCGUCAUAAGUUUAAGGAAAACAUCGGAUAUUACCAGCACAGUCUCGCCACCAUCUCAACUACUCAAGAAUCGAUGGACUACUACACCGUCCAUCUUCUGGCUUAUCAUCAUCGGUUCCUUUUCUGAUAAUUCGAAAAAUAAAAUACAUUCAUGUUUCAUUCCAGUCCGAUUAGAGUAGCUGAACUCACCAUCAAAGAAGAUAGCUGAAGCAGAGAGUGAGAAUCCGACAAUGUAACAUCUUUCAUUAUUAGGACAUCAGAAUUAUCAAUAUUAUGUAUCGCAUAUCCAUCAGUAGCGAUCGACAUAAAUUGCUGAAUGAUCAAGAUCUUCACAAGUGAGUCCCAUCAUUAAACGUAGUCGCCUCGUUUGUAUUGAGUUUUGUGAAUCAUUUGCAGUGUCUUCGUCUAAUUAUCAUCUCUGUGGUCAUGUCAUGUUGAACUUUUUCUUUGCUUGAAAGUGAUUGUCGUUGGACGUUCCUGCAGCUUGUGCGCUAUUGUCUUCGUAUUCGUCAAAGUUUGCUGUCGUUGUUUGUACCGGGUUCUUUUGGGGUCAUUUUAUCUAUUUUUAUCUAAGACUUUAGCCGUGGAUCGACAAUUUAUAGAAAAAUGAAAGAAACAGAUAUACCGAAACAAUUUUCAGGUAAAUGAGUUCAGUCAAGGAAAGUUGCAGGCCUGGAGUGACCGCAUAUGAGGACAGGAACAUUAGCCUCAUGAUCGUGACUAUAACGCUUGCCGCGCUCAACACCACUCAGACGUAACCGCGUCUGGUGCGCGGCAGGCGGGGGUGUCCAAUCGCGGACAGCUCAAAUCUGGACGAGAGGUUUUCUGGAGCUGUUCUCAUGCAACCUGUUGGCAAGUGAGCAGGUUCGUCGAGGUCGGGUGCGUAAGCUGACGUCGGCAAGGCUGCUCGAUGUCAGUGAUGCUCACUUCCCUCUUCGAACUGCGGCCGCGAAGUGUUAGAUAUUUCAGCGAGUCAGUCAAGCCGGCCACGUUUCAAAGUCAGUCAGUCCGCUUAUAACAUCUCUUGAUUGACUUAGUCAACAUCUUCUGAAAUAUCAUGCACUCGCGUCGCUGCUCCUGACCAUAGCAAAUAAAAGUCCUAAUAAAGCGGAAACAAAAUC